AUGUAUAGUUAUUUCAAAUUAUUGAAUAAAUCCAUAAUACAAAACAAGUUGCAAACUAUCAUCUGUUACAGAACUAUGUCAACAUCUCAGAAACGCCUACCAGCUAUUCAACUGACCCCUUUGGAAUCCAAAAUUUGUACAUUACUAAAUGAGUUUACCAGUGACUACAAUGCAUCAAACAAUGAGGCAGAAGCUCUAGAAUUAAGAAUCACUGGUGGUUGGGUUAGGGAUAAACUUUUGGGAUCUCAAUCCAAUGAUUUAGAUAUUGCUGUCAAUAUAAUGUCUGGAGAAUCAUUUGCAUUGAAAUUAAAUGAUUAUCUUACUGAAAACUUCAGGAAAUAUAAUGUUGAACCACAUUCCAUCCAUAAAAUUGACAAGAAUCCAGAGAAAUCAAAACAUUUGGAAACAGCCACAACCAAAUUAUUUGGUGUUGAAGUUGAUUUUGUGAACUUAAGGUCUGAAGAAUACACGGAUGAUUCUAGAAUUCCGACCGUUGAAUUUGGUACUCCUAAACAGGAUGCGCUAAGAAGAGAUGCCACUUUGAAUGCAUUAUUCUAUAAUAUUGGAAAAAAUGAAAUUGAAGAUUUAACUAACUCUGGAUUGCAAGAUCUCAAAGAUAGGACAUUGAGAACACCAUUACCUCCUCGUAAGACAUUUUUAGAUGAUCCGUUACGUAUUCUAAGAUUAAUCAGAUUUGCCUCUAGAUAUAAUUUUAAAUUAGAUCCAGAAACCCUAGAAACUAUGAAAGAUUCCGAUAUCAAUCUCGCAUUUUAUGUUAAAAUAUCCCGUGAACGUAUUGGUGUAGAAAUGGAAAAAAUAAUUGAUGGUGAAACUCCUUUAAUUGGCAUCAACCUAAUACAAUAUACCCAUAUAGAUAAUGUGAUUUUCCACUGGCAUAACGAUAACACUAUUGUCGAUUUUAAUAAAACAAAUAAUACUAAGGACUUCAAUUUAAUAAGUGAGAUUUAUGAUAAUUCUGUUUUAAACGCUCAUAUCAAGGAUGUUGUGAAAGUACUCAAUAAUAAGGCAAAGCUAGAAAAUGAUAUCCCAAUUUUAUAUUCGUUAAUAAAAAAAAGCCCUGCAUUUAAGCGUAUAUUUUUAUUAGGAUUUAUUUUAUUACCGUUCCAAAAUCUGAAGAUUAUUUGGAAUGUCAAAAAGAAAGUAAAUAAUAAAAUACCUGUAACUGAAAGCAUUGUGAAGGACGGUUUAAAAUUCAAUAAAAAUGAAGCGAGUUUGAUCGCUUUGAUAGUUGAUUCCAUUGAACAUUAUAAUGAAAUUGUAACUAAGUUUAACAAUGAUAGAAAUUCUCUUUCUAGAUCUGAAAUUGGUUUAUUUUUAAGAGAAUUUAAAGGAAAUUGGCAAGUAGUACAUUUUGUUACUUUAUUGAAUCAAUUAGCAAGUAAAAAUGAAAGUUGCUUGAAUAAUUAUUCAAACUUCUACAAUUAUAUUAUAGAAAGUGAUUUGAAAGACUGUUAUGAUUUAAGACCAUUAAUUAAUGGUAAAAGACUCCUUACAUUAAGCGGUAUGAAACCAGGUCCUUGGAUGGGUAAAAUAAACGAUCUUGCUAUUGUUUGGCAACUAGAACAUCCAGAUGGUACUGAAGAUCAACUAUUAGAACACCUGAAAAGCCUUCUUCCAACCGUUAUAUAA